UCGAUCGUUUUGUAAGAUGGUCAAGAAGAGAAUUUGUUCGUCUGGAUCGAAGAAGGUGGCCAUGGCUGAGUGGUGAUGUUGCGUGACUGUGCGUUUGUAUUUGUGCGGGUUUCGAUGGCCGGCCGAGGUAGAGUAAAAGUGAUCGGACGAAUACUUUGAGCGACCGUCGGAGGGCGACGGAGUCGCACGAAUCGUGCCGAGCUGAGCCGAAAGCUUGGUGGCCCCUGUCAGUAGGCCUGCCGCAACGCAGCAGAGAGCGCGCCUUCCGUCUUGCGCAGGGGUCUAACGCUUUUCGAAUCUCUUUCUUCACUCAAGUUUCAUAUUUAUUAUCCGAUAAAUUUGUUAUAAAAUAUUUCGUAAAAAGUGUACAAUUUUACAAAUUGAAAAGUCAAUUUUUAUGCAUUUACGUGAACGAAGAAGGGGACGAAUAAAUUAAUCGAACAAAGAUAGAAAAUAUUUGUUUUAUUUAUAAACGUCUUCCGAACAAUGUUCAUUUCUUUAAAAAUGACGAAUAUUAUUAUUGCGUAUAAAAGAACGAAUGAUUAAAAUUUCGUCGAUCUCAUCGCAUUGUGAAAAUUAAGUAUCGCAAGUGUAUAUGUUUAAUUCUAUGAAUAAUUUAAACAAUUUCUUCCUGUAAUUAAAAUCGAGAAAUUAGUGAUUGAAAGAUUGAAACGAUUUGGAAGGAUGAAAAGAAAAUUAUAAUAAUUGUGAAAUAAAAAAGAAAGAUUGAAGAAACGUGAAGAAGAGGUGUCAAGAAGAUAUCUUUGUAGGAACGUGCGUGGGGUGGCAUCGAUGUCGCGAUAAAAAUUAUAUACGAAGAUAUACGAGUAUUCAGAUAUGACGUUGUCUCGUUGGCAAUCGAAGUGUUGCAGGAGUAUCCAUUGGUUUUCGAUUUUUACAGGUCGCUCGUAAGUCGGCCCAUUACGUCAUUAUCGCUCGACGAUGACGGGAACUCGUUGGUGCGUAUGAUAAGUUUACCGAUGUAUAUAAAGGGUCGUCGGUCGUUCAAGCGUGCACGGAUAUACUAUAUAAGGAGUAGGAUCGUUCGAUCGAGUAAGUCCAUUAAUGUCGCGGCAACGACAGAUACGUCGAAGCAUAAAUAGACAGGCUGCUGCUGUCUCUUGGUGAAAAUGAACGAUCGCUCGAGUGAGGAAGAGAAGAAAAGGGAGGACGACGACAUCAUCGUGAGAAAGAGAGAGAGAAAGAUAGUAGUUGUAUUCCUUUCUUCGUUCCAUGAAUGAAGAAGAAAAAUCUUAUCGAGAUCUACGACAGUUAAUCAACGUCGAUUACGUGAACUUAUAUUAAAUUGAAUAAAGCUUCGGAUUGGUACGUGUCUAUUAUGUGUUUUACGUGUGUGCGUUAGUUUAAGUGAUAAGGAAGUAGGAAGAGGAAGGAUCUGAAUUUCGGAUUAUCGGAAGACCUGACUCAUUGAAACUCGACUUAGUAGGUACUUCAGAGAAGUUAUACGUUCGUGGAACGUUAAAGAGGCCGAUAUUUGAACGAGAACGGAAGACGGACGGAUUGAUAGAGAUAGAGAUAGAUUCGUCUAUCCAGUUAUAGCGACGCAGGAUGUUCAAGAGAAUGCUUUUGCUGAUGAGCGUUUUCGCUCGGUUUGCCGUAGCGGAAGUUGUCCUCGGCGAUGUCGACGAACCUAUUCCCGUAUUAGACAUAACGGCAGUGGCCGGUUUCAAAGCGCAAAUACCUUGCGAUAUCGAGCCACCGACGAAAGACGAGAUGGUUAUCAUGGUCUUUUGGUACAAAGACGGGAAGGAAGGCGAGCCAAUAUACAGUGUGGAUGCCCGCGGUAGAGCCGUAGGUCAAGCAAAGCUUUGGUCGGAUCCAUAUGUAUUUGGGGAAAGAGCGACUAUGAGGACAAACGUGGUGCCAGCUGAACUCGAGAUCGAUCCUUUGCAAUCGACCGAUGGUGGUGUAUAUACAUGUAGAGUGGACUUUAAGGAUAGCCCAACGAAGAAUCAGAAGAUCAACCUCACCGUUAUAGUGCCAUCAAAGAAACCGGUGAUCUACAUGGGCUCGAGUAAAGUUCUGGCGAAGAUAUUACAACCCUUUAACGAGGGUAGCGAGAUGACGCUAUUGUGCGAGGUGAUCGGAGGCACGCCACCACCGAGGGUCACUUGGUAUUUUGAAGGAAAAUUACUCGACGAUACGUACACGUUAGAACAUGGAGACGUUACUAUAAAUCGUUUGGAUGUAUCGCGAGUUACAAGGGAUUUUUUAAGGGCUAGGUUGAUUUGCAGAGCGAGCAAUACACAACUUAUGUCUCCGUUAACAUCCGAGAUUAUUCUCGACGUUAAUCUAAAACCAUUAAUAGUGAAUAUAACAAACAAACGAAAUCACAUAUCGGCAUUAAGAACGUACGAAAUAGAAUGUGCGAGUUCUGGUUCAAGACCGGAAGCCAUUAUAACUUGGUGGAAAGGGACGCAUCAAGUGAAGCAUAUGGCUAGAAAUUUUGCAGAUAGUCCGAACAUAACGAGAAGUGUGCUGAGUUAUGUUCCUACGAUCGAGGACGAAGGAAAGUAUUUGACUUGUCGUGCCGAAAAUCCUGUUGUACCUGACAGUGCCUUGGAAGAUAGAUGGCGAUUGCUCGUUCAUUACGCUCCAGUGGUCACGAUCAAAUUGGGCUCGAGUUUGCGGGCGAACGAUAUAAACGAGGGUGACGACGUCUACUUCGAGUGCGACGUCCGGGCCAAUCCAAAAGCUUACAAGUUGGCCUGGUUCAAGGACGGCAAAGAAUUACAUCAGAACGCGACAGCCGGGAUCAUACUUCCUGGUGGUAAUUCUUUGGUUUUGCAGAGUGUAACUAGAAGUUCGGCUGGCGAGUAUUCGUGUAUGGCUACCAAUCUUGAAGGAAAAUCUACCAGUAGACCAGUUACUUUAGAGAUAAUGUAUGCCCCAAUUUGCAAAGAAGGCUCAUCAACACAAGUGGUAGGCGCGUUAAAGCACGAGACGAUAUCUCUCGUUUGCGGUGUACAAUCGAAACCACCUCCUACGACCUUUCAAUGGACGUUCAACAACUCCGGCGAACUGAUGAACGUGCCGGCGAACCGAUUCACGCAGGUCAAACCGUUGAGCCUCGUCACGAGCCAUUGGCACGGCUCCAGAAUGAAUUACACGCCGUCGAACGACAUGGACUAUGGGACGAUAGCUUGCUGGGCGAGAAAUCGUAUAGGGCUGCAGAAAACGCCCUGUCUUUUUCAGAUCAUUGUAGCUGGGAAGCCAUACCCACUGCAGAAUUGUACAUACGUACAAUCGACCGGAGCCUUCUCCUAUCGAAUGGGACACGAAGACUUUAAAGCUACCGACCCGAGGGACGCCGAUUGGUUGAUCGUCAGAUGCUCCGAGGGAUUUGACGGUGGUCUACCGUUGACUAAUUACGAGUUGGAGGUUUACAGCGAGGAUAACGUUUAUCAUGUAAAUACUAUUUACUUGAAUCACACGGAUAGAUCAACUGGCCCGGUCUUUGAGGUACCAGGAUUGGAACCAGGUUGCAAUUAUAGGCUACAUCUUUAUGCCGUAAAUGCAAAAGGUCGAAGCGAUCCCGUCGUCCUUGAACCUGUUUCUCUCAAAGGAGUCGCCAUGUAUACAACAGGUCGUGGAACUUCCGAAGAAACUACAGAUUACAGUCUAUUGGUGGCUUGCUUUGCCGGGGGUAUAACAGCGGUGUGCAUCCUUAUUGUUGGAAUAACUUUAACUCUAUAUCGUCGGAAUCAUCCGAUGCAAGGUAUAAAGACAUUAACAGAAGUGGUUCAAUAUGAGAGUAAAGAUAAUCGAAUGUUAGCAACAACUACUACUAUGCCCGGCGUGGCCGUUGCUACGAUGACAAGUAAUACUACUAGCAAGGAUAUAAGAGAUGAGUUUAAAGAACGUAGCAGUGGCAUGCCAACAGAAUUACCCGACGACGAUCCGGACUUGAUUUUCCUUCGCCAUCCUCGGUUCUACGAGCGAAGGAUUCCUGGAUCUACCCAAACGGUUACGUUGAGAGAGGAGGAUCCGAAAGGAGCCUUAGUCCAGCUCGACCUAGCACGUUACCGGUUCAUCGUACUCAUGAUAUCUAUACGAGGAGUCUUCGUGUUCAGGAAAGUUGUAUAUAAAUGAUUGACUAAAAAUAGAAAGAAAGAGAGAGAGAGAGAGAGAGAGAGAGAAAGAGAGAGAGAGAGAGAGAGAGAGAGAGAGAGAAUGAGUCAGUCUGUGUGCGCAUGCCUGUAUGGUAGAACCAUUUUGACUAUUUCAAUCCUCGUACCAUACGUUGUUCACUCGACGUUUGUACAUAGAGACAAUAAAUAUCGCUAAGGUUCAUUGUCCUAUCCCUUUUAUCGCGUCUUUAUCCCAAUGCCCUGUUUCUUCUUCAGUCCUUCCUUUUAGAAUUUAGGAUAAUUGUUCAAAGAAGCUAAUAUCACUUCCCGAAGGAUCGCGUUUGUAAAUAGACAAUAAAUCUCUCGUCGUUUAAGAUUCCUCGUAUUUAUAAUACCUUUGAUUUUCAAAUUUUUCGAUACACGUUUCCCAAUUGUCCUCCUUAAUAUGGAAAAAUUAAAAAACAGUUUAUUGGAUUCAUAAGGUUAUGACUGGUAUCACAUUCGUUUUUCAUUUCAUUUUUCAGCUCCUCGAGAGUUUAUGUAAACGUUUGUAUAUAUGGAUAAUAAAUCUCGUUGUGUAAUAA